AUGGCCCUUGCUGAAAAGCUGCUACCUAAUCCGGACAAGAACAUUCCCUUCCUCGACGCGGUGCGCGGAAUCGCCGUGCUCUUCGUUCUGGUGCGUCAUGCAUGGGGCCUUUCAUGGUCGCCAUCGGCAAGCAUCGCAGGCGUCGAGCUGUCACGCAUCAUCGUAAUGAUGUCCUCGGGUGUGGACCUGUUCUUCGUCCUCAGCGGCGUCCUGCUCUCCACCCGCUUCCUUCGCGCUGAUGCAAAUGGCAAGCCGGCGCCCGAAUACCUACCCUACAUCAAAGCACGCAUCCUUCGGAUCGGCCCGCCCUACUGGCUGGUGCUGUUCCUCGUGGUCCUGUUCUACACCCCGGUGUUCAUUCCACAGGAGAAGGUCUGGAGCACGGCCGGCGCAGCCAUAUUCAUCAGCCACCUGGCAUUCGGCCAAUCGCUGUUCCUGUUCUCCUUCGGCGCUUACAGCGUAGGGACGCCCUUCUGGACGCUGACCAUUGAGAUGCUCUUCUAUCUCGUGCUGCCACUGGUGGUCCGUGCCUUCUACCGCGGCCGAUGGUGGCAGGGCAUUCUUGCUGCCUUCCUGCUCAGCAGCGUGUGGCUAUACCUGUGCCGCUACCACCUCGAUGGCUUGGUUGAUUUCCUCCAGCGGCAUACCUUUGGCCUCGGUUGGUCGAGCGAGGGCGUCCGCUUCUUCCUCAGCCACCAGAUCCUGGGCUAUCUACCUCACUUCGCGAUCGGCAUCGGCAUCAGUGCGCUGCUGCUGAAGCCACGCACGCAUCCCUUGCUGACCGAAACCGCCGGCCUGCUUUAUGCACUGCUUGGGGCUGCGCUGCUGCUUGCGCUCAUGUUCAAGCUUGGUGGCCUGUCUCUGGCCUACGGAUUCCAGGAUCCCACGGCCUACUUCCGAGCAGACGAUCGGGCUGCACGGCUGUUCUACUACUUUGAAUCAAUGCCAUUUGCCGUCGCGUACGGCCUCAUCAUCCUGGGCCUUUCGCUUGGCAGCAGCAUGCUCAAGCGCAGCUUCGCCAGUAUUCCAGGACUGGCAUUGUUCGGCGUGCUGGGGUACUCGAUCUACCUGAUUCACAUGCCGCUGCUGUACACCAUGAACAACCACUACUGGAUCGCUGCGGAAACGCAUCCCUGGUGGCAUUUGGCGAAGUUCCUGACCGCGGGAACCGGCGUGAUCCUGCUGCUUUCGCUGAUCCUGUUCCUGACCGUCGAAAAGCCUUCGAUGAUAUGGUCCGCACGCGCCAGCCAACGCGUGCGGACGCCCCCACGGCCCAGUGCCACAGGGCAUUGA